CGCAGCGGCGGCCGCCACUCGUGCCGUGUCCGUCCCCAUCGGGCGGUCGCGAUGGUGUUCCGGUGCCAGCGGGACAGCUGGGCCCGGCAGUUCGCCACCAGGGUGGUGUCGUGCCGGGCGGCGGAGCUGCGGCCCGAGGGCGGCGGGGAGCCGGUGCGCGGGUUCCAGGUGGUGCUGGAGGACACCAUCCUCUUCCCGGAGGGCGGCGGGCAGCCGGACGAUCGCGGCCUCAUCGGGGACGUGCCGGUGCUGCGGGUGACCCGGCGGGGCCCCGAGGCCGUGCACUUCGUGCCGGCCGCGCUGGAGCCCGGAGCCGAGGUGCUGCUGUCGCUGGACUGGGAGCGCCGCUUCGACCACAUGCAGCAGCAUUCAGGACAGCAUCUCAUCACUGCCAUUGCAGAACAGAUGUUUGGAUUCAAGACAACGUCAUGGGAGCUGGGCCGUCAGCGAAGCCUCAUUGAGCUGGACACCCCCUCAAUGACAGCAGAGCAGGUCAAGGCCCUGGAGAUGAGCGUGAAUGAGAAAAUCCGGGACAGGGUCCCUGUGACAGUGAGGGAACUGGCUGCAGAUGACCCUGAAGUUGAAAGAGUGAGGAGCCGGGGGCUGCCCGACGACCAUGUGGGGCCAGUGCGCGUUGUGGACAUCGAAGGCAUUGACUCCAACAUGUGCUGUGGGACUCACGUCUCCAACCUGAGUGACCUGCAGGUUAUUAAACUCCUCGGCGUGGAAAAAGGGAAAAAGAACAAAACCAACUUGAUUUUCUUGGUGGGAAACAGAGUGCUGAAAUCAGUUGAACAAAGUCACAGUACCGAGAAGGCUCUAACCUCCCUGCUCAAGAACGGACCAGGUGAGCAUGUAGAAGCCGUGAGAAAACUGCAGAGCUCUGUGAAACUGCUCCAGAAGAAUAACCUGAACCUGCUUAGAGACAUUGCUGUUUUGAUAGCUCGGGACUUCAAGAGCAAACCUGCUCCGAGGCAGCUGUUUGUGUUACACAGGAAAGAGGGUGAUUCUGAAUUUAUGAACAUCAUCGCUAAUGAGAUUGGGACAGAGGAAACCCUGCUAUUCCUGACUGUGGGAGACGAAAAAGAAGCAGGACUCUUCCUCCUAGCUGGACCUGUUGAAGCAGUUGAGAAUUUAGGUCCCAGGGUGGCAGAGCUGCUGGGAGGGAAAGGAGCUGGAAAGCGUGACCGCUUCCAGGGCAAGGCGACCAAGAUGAGUCGUCGAGGAGAAGUGCAAGCUCUGCUCCAGGAAUUCAUCAGCCAUCGAAGCCCUGAAGUCCCGGACAGGCCCUGAAGCUGCUGCAGUCUCAGCUGGAGGAACUAAAGGGCGCUGUGGAGCCACAGUGAGGCACAACAGGUGUUGGUGUUUCUCAUCACUCAGGAGACACGUCCUUCCUCCACCACCCACAGUCCAUGCCACAGCCCUGUGCCCAGGAGUGAUCCUGCAUCCCCACGGCACAGGCCAGCGGGACACUGGAACUCACCAGCUAAACACACCUACAGCUUUAAUAAAACACCUCCCGUGCACAGCCACA